UAAAAUGCUUUAGUGCGUUUAAACCAACAGACAUGUGCAGUUCUCUGUGUUAUUUAUGCAAAAACGCUUUAUAAAUAAUAACAGUUAAUUAGUUUGCAAUUUAGAUAUUUACACUCUGUCGUCAAAAUGAUAGGCUUAACUUUGUGUAUAGUUGCCAUUUUCGUGCUAUAUUUAUACGGAAAGAGAAACCACAAGUAUUGGGAAUUGAAAGGAGUAAAACACGAUCAACCCUUACCAUUUUUUGGUAAUAAUGCGAGAAAUUAUUUUAUGCGUAAAAGUGCAACCGAAUUGUUUUCUGAAUUAUACUGGAAAUAUUCAAACGAAAAAGUUGUAGGAUUUUAUCGAGCGUCUCGCACUGAACUAAUAAUCAGAGAUCCUGAAAUGGUCAAGCGAAUACUAAUAACAGACUUUAGCCAUUUUUAUCCACGUGGUUUAAAUCAACACAAAAAGGAAAUAGAGCCCAUGUUGAGAAAUCUUUUCUUUGCGGAUGGAGACAUAUGGAAAUUACUGCGACAGCGAAUGACACCCGCGUUCUCGAGUGGUAAGUUAAAGGCUAUGUUCCCUUUGAUCGUGGAACGCGCUGAGAAACUUCAAGCGCGAGCAUUUACUGCCGCCGCCGCCGGAAAAGCUAUCGAUGCGCGCGAUCUCAUGGCUCGAUAUACUACCGACUUUAUCGGUGCCUGUGGCUUUGGACUCGAUUCCGAUUCUCUUCAAGACGAGAAUUCCGCUUUUAGAAGACUCGGAGCUACUAUAUUCAAAAUAGGCCCGAAGGAAAUUUUCAUAAUUACAUUAAAACAGCUUUUCCCAAGCAUGUUUAAGAAGUUGAAGUCGUUGAGUCGGGUCGAAAAACAAAUACUUCAAUUAGUCGAUGCAGUUCAACGGCAAAGGAACUAUAAACCAUCUGGCAGAAACGAUUUCAUAGACCUUCUACUCGAAAGCAAAAUGAAAGGCAUGAUUGUAGGGGAGUCUAUCGAGAGAAUAAAACCAGAUGGAAAGCCAGAAGUUGCGACUUUGGAGUUAGAUGAUGAGUUAAUAGCAGCUCAGGUAUUUAUAUUUUUCGCGGCAGGCUUUGAGACUUCUUCAUCUGCGACUAGUAUCACUCUGCAUGAACUUGCUUAUAACCCUGAAGUGCAAGCAAAGGUACACGAAGAAAUAGAUAGAGUUUUGGAGAAGUACGGUAAUAAACUCAGCUACGACGCUAUUAAGGAGAUGUCCUAUUUGGAGUGCACAUUCAAAGAAGGAAUGAGAAUUUUUCCAUCACUAGGUUUCUUGAUAAGAGAGUGUGCCCGCAAGUACACUUUUGAAGAUAUAAACUUGACAAUUGAUGAAGGAGUGAGAGUGAUAGUACCGCUUCAAGCAAUGCACAACGAUCCGAAAUAUUUCGACAAUCCAACUGAAUUCCGACCGGAAAGAUUUCAAGAAAACACUUCGUCUAAUAAUAAAUUCACAUAUUUACCAUUUGGUGACGGACCACGUGCUUGUAUAGGUGCGCGUUUGGGGCUAAUGCAAUCGUUAGCGGGGCUGGCGGCCGUAUUGUCGCGUUUCAGCGUUCGACCCGCGCCCAAUACAAUCCGACGUCCACCCGUCAAUCCUGCUUCGGGUAUUGUGCAGAGCAUACAGGGUGGUCUACCAUUGCUUUUUAUUGAAAGAAAACAGAACAGCUGAACGAUUUAUCUUCAAGAACUAUUUUUAUACUAAUUUUGUUGUUAUUUUUUUGAAUAUAGUUAAACUUUA